AUGGAGACAAUUAACAUUGACAGUCUGGUAGUCGGCGCUGGAAUGUCAGGCAUCUACGCCACACACAGGCUCUCGCGCAUGGGACUCUCUGUCAAGUGUAUUGAAAUCGCAGGCGAUGUUGGCGGCACUUGGUACUGGAACAGAUAUCCCGGAGCCAUGAGCGACACCGAAACCUAUCUGUACCGCUUUUCAUGGGACAAGGAAGAUCUCCAAACCUAUCCUUGGUCGCACCACUAUGUUUACCAACCGGAAAUCUUGAAAUAUCUACAACACAUCACGGACAAACAUGGAUUGAGACAAUACAUGCAAUUCAACACGGAAAUGACAGCUGCCGUCUGGGACGACACGGCCAAGAGGUGGCAAGUGACUCUAUCCACUGGACAAGUCAUUUCUGCACGAUACUUGAUCACCUGUUUGGGAAUCUUGGCCAAGGCAAAUUGGCCCAAAAUUACAGGACUUUCGUCAUUUGCCGGUGAACUCGUGCACACAUCGCGAUGGGAUACCAACAUCAAUUUGGAGGGCAAAAGGGUGGGCAUCAUUGGCAACGGGUCUACGGGAGUUCAAGUCAUGACGGCGAUUGCCCCAAUCGUCAAGGAGCUCAAGUCAUUCCAGAGGCAUCCUCAAUACUCGGUUCCCAGCGGACAAAAGCAAGUCCCAGAGGGCUAUCGGGACACGAUCAAUGCCAACUACGAGAAGAUCUACGACGAACUAUGGAACUCUGCCAUGGGGUUUGGCGUCCCCGAGUCAACCCGGAAAACCAUGGAAUCCACGCCCGAAGAACGCCAAAAGGCCUUCCAGGAAAUGUGGAAUCAGGGUAACGGUUUCCGCUUCCUGCUGAGCGCCUUUGGGGAUUUGCUGUGGGAUCGAGAGGCUAAUGAGGAGGCCUGCAAAUUCAUCCGUUCCAAGAUUGACGAGAUUGUAACGGACCCUCGCAAAGCCGCCGCCCUCAAGCCGUACGAAUUAUACGCCCGUCGGCCUCUAUGCGACGCUGGGUAUUAUGACAUCUUUAACCAUGACCAUGUCGAUAUUGUCGACCUGCGGGAAACUCCCAUUACGGAAAUUGUUCCGACCGGAAUCAAGACUUCUGAUGACCGGGUACACGAGCUCGAUGUCCUGAUAUGCGCCACUGGGUUUGACGCUGUCGAAGGCCAGCACCUGCGCUUGCGCAUCGUUGGACAUGAUGGAUACACGAUUCAGAAACACUGGGAGAACGGCCCGACGGCCUAUGGCAGUAUCGCGUGUCCUGGAUUUCCCAACAUGUUCAUCGUGGCCGGUCCUCAAGGCACGUUUGCCAACUUUCCCCCAGUGAUUGAGCUCGAAGUCGAUUUCAUCAUGUCUUGCAUCGAGCAUGCCGAGAAGGACACUGCCUCUCCAACUGCCGAGGCAAACGGAAAAACCGCAAAUGGUGCCUCGUCUGACCAGCGCCGCACCAUUAUGGAAGCAUUGCCCGACGCCGAAAAGGCAUGGGUAAAGCACUGUGAAGACCUCAUGGCCGGCUCACUUCUCAAGGAAGUCCCCAGUUGGAUCAAUGGAGUCAAUGUAGCAGGACGCAAGGCGACCACCAACUUUUACUUUGGAGGUCUCAAAGGCUAUAGCGACUGGAUGAAGAAAGAGAUAGCGGAUGGUCUCAAAGGGUUUCAGAGAAUUUGA